UUUUGUGGGCGGGCGGGAGACGGGCGCCGGGCGGAGGACACGGGCGGCGGGCGGGCGCGAUGCUGCAGCAGAUCCUCGGGCCCAGAUACGGGCAGCUGCUGAGAAACUGGAUUCCAACAAUGACGACAUGGGGAGCUGUGGGUACUGUCGUGCUGAUCUAUGCUACUGACUGGAAAGCUGUAGUUGGUCGUAUCCCAUACAUAAAAGGAAAAUUCAAGAAUGAAUGAAGAUCUCAGUAGUUUAAUGGAUUUAAAGGAAUAAUCUGACCAAGUGAUCAAUGACAAACAUCGAGAUAGUGAAGAAUUUUGUGAACCGAACAUUUCUGUUGUGAACUUUUAAAACUGAUUCCUGCCCAGCUUUAACAGCUUUUGAGGGUGAUUGUGUUAAUGUGAAACCAGUUGUAUCCACUGGAAUAAUAGCUGCUCUGACUCCUCAGAUUUUUUUGGAUCUUGGGGUCUUGCCUUCAGCUUCUAAAAUAAAAUCUGAAAACCUGCAAUAAAUUGAUAACUGUUGAUUAUUUAUAAAUUGUUUCUCAAGUGAAACCUGAAUAUAGUAAGUACAUUGGAUUAAUGGGGGCUGCAAUACAGUAAUGCUGUUGCAUUCUGCUACAUUCAUUAGCAUUCUUUUGGCACAGAAAAUAAGUAUGUUCAUGGAGCUUCUCCAAAGAUUAACCUUAUUAAAAGAAGAAAAAAAUCUCUA